AUAUAUAUAUUAUCCAAAAAAAGGGAAAAAAAAGAGAAAGAAAGAUGGCUGCUGACCCUCCGGCGGUGGCGAGGACGGAGGGCUUUUUCCGGCAGCUCGGGCUCUCCGACAGUUCCGGCGGCGGCUCGGCCUUCCUCCCCUCCGGCGCCGGCGCCGGCGCCGGCGACAAGGAUUUCUACUCCCGCCUCGUCCGGUCCCUCCUCUCCGUCCGCAGCCUCCAACCCCGCGGCCGCGUCCUCUGCUCCCUCUCCGUCCCCUCCGCCCUCGCCAACCCCUACAACACGCUCCACGGCGGCGCGGUGGCGGCGGUGGCGGAGGCGGUCGCGCUCGCCUGCGCCAGGGCCGUCGCCGGCGAUCGGGAGUUCUUCCUCGGCGAGUCCGCCACAUCCUACCUCUCCGCCGCUCGCGUCGGUAUGGAAAUGGAAGUAGAAGGGCGCGUGCUGCGGAAGGGGAAAAGUGUGAUAGUAACUUCGGUGGAGUUCAGGAUAAAGGAAACCGGGCGGCUCUCGUACACCUCGCGCUUGACUUUCUAUGUGAGGCCCGUCGCGAGUAUGUGAGCUCUCAUUUUUCACAAAAAGACAAAACUGUUGAAACAAUUCCCUUUGUACAAAUCAUAACUUGGCCAGCCAUAUUACUAGGUCAUGAUUGUCGUAAUUGAAUCACAUUUAGAAUUUAAACUUUGCGAUUGCGCAUUACGUGGUUCAGUGAUUCUGAAUAUGAAUAUGUAGCGGAAAUAUGUAAUCUUCUCUGUUUGUUGGUGAGGAAGAGGAAAUAGAGGUGAUGGUGAUCGCCGUCGCCGGUAAGUUUGAUCGA